GCCCAGCACAAAGCCGGGGCCGAGCGUGGUCCCGCGGGAUACCUGCAGAAUCGUGACUUUGGUGCUGACUAAAGACGUCUGGUGCCAGUUGCAGGCUAAGAAAUUCGGACUGUCAACUUUACAGAGGUAGUAAGCUGUGCAUUUGCAUAAAACGUACGAGCGAGCAGUCACCAUACAACGUCAUCCACUGAGCUAGGUCCGACUGGAACACCUAGUGAAUACCUUUACCUGCCGACUUUGUUGUGCGGCCACGGUCAACAUGGCGCCUUUUCAGUGAGGACGUGUGUCCUCUCUUUAGGCGCUGGUUAUGAUCAUCAAGCUCCUUGUCAACCCAUAAUUCCGCGAUUUAUCUUAAAUCAAAGCCUCGAGCUUUGUUAUUUGUCGGAUCUUUUACGGAAUCAGAGAGAAGGAGACAAACUUAUCAAGUGGAAACAUUGGAAACAACGGAAGUAGAACGAAGUGACGGGACAACAAGGCUGUCAUGUCCACUGCCACGGAAGACGUGUCAGCGAACGGUGUUGCUGACGAAAAUGACGACAACUUCUCCCAGUCCGUGGAUGAAGUUAUCCGCCUGCUAGACGAACUAGCGCCAGGUACGGACGACGAUGGAGGCGCUGAAACGCCGCCGUCUGAUCCACAAGUGGGACGGGAAGAAGGCACUUUGUCGGGGGAAAUUGUAGAGACCGCCCCACCGGAACUCGACGCCCGGCCGCCAAACUCCUACUGCGGGGAGGGGACUACCGUGGAUUGCUGUCAGCACAGGGAGGAGGCUGAAAGUCUUAAGAAACAGGUUGAAGAUGCAAAGACAAGGGAAGACCAGAUGGCUGCUGCUUUGAAGGAUGUAAGAGCUGAAAAUGAGGAACUCAAAGAAGCUGUGGAGGUCUUGAAAGAUGAGAACAAGAGGAUCAACAGGAUGCUCAGUACAUCUGGCAUGCAAAGGCCUGAAGCUAUUACGGUGUACAGUAUGAUGCCAGAGACCCAGCCAGCAACAUACCAACAAACAGAGAAAAAGGUUGUAGCGUCCGACCCUGAUGAAGGUGGGGACACUCCAGGGCCAGGGCACACUGGGGACCAACAGCCUGCACGCCAGCUGUUCAAGCCUGCACCCCAACCCCCUCAUGCUUUUCCCCAACCUCCACCUCAACCCUACCAACCUGCACCCCAACCUCCACCACAAACCUACCAACUUGCCCCCCAACCUCCACCGCAACCCUACCAACUUGCACCCCAAACUCCACCGCAACCCUACCAACUUGCACCCCAAACUCCACCGCAACCCUACCAACUUGCACCCCAAACUCCACCCCAAGUCUACCCACCCCAAUUGUACCCACCUACAACCCUGCAGUACCAGUCUGCCCCACAAGUUGUCCCGGCGUUUGGAACCCAGCAGCCAGCUGCGCAGUUUCACUACCCAUCUGCGGGCCAACUGCACAACAAUCCCACCUUCAACAUCACCUUCACUAACGCACCUGCACAGACACCUGCAGCUGGUGCACACCUGGGACACCCUGUGGCAGAGGCACAGCGUGACCCAGUGACAAUCCACCAGCCACCACCUGAGGAGUCCCUGCAUUUCCCUAUUCAGGUGCAGGACACACGGAAGCAGUCUGACUGCUCUGUGACUUUCAAGAAGACUAUCAUCGACACAGAUUAAUAAGAACUGGGUCAGUGGAAAGCAGUCAUGGCCCUAGCCCAUGUGUCAGUCGUAAAGGUUAACAUCAUUUGGCAAAGUGAUGAUAUCGUGGAAGUUUAGUUCAGAAUGAUUUGCAGUAAUGAUAUCGAGGAAGUUUAGUUCAGAAUGAUUUGCAGUAAUGAUAUCGAGGAAGAACAAGGCUCA